AUGAGCUCACUUCUCAAGAACAUUGCCUUUCAUCCGUUUCAUUUGGGAAAUCAUCAAUCAAAUAAUAGUAAUAACAAUAUUAACACGAAUUCAACAACUCCAAACACGACGACAACAUCCGAUAAAACAACCUCUCCUGUGCGGAAAAAUUCAAUUUCUACUACAAAUAAACCUCUUGAUGAAGGUCAAGCAUCGGGAUUGGAAAUUUCAUCAUCAAAUACUGCAAAACAUUUACGACUUGGGUCGGGCGUGACGCAAAAUGCUUUGAUCAAUGAAAAUAAUUUAACACAAUUUCAGCACUCGUCUUCCUUGUCAAUGCCAAAGCAGCAAGAAGAUCAAGACAUGAAAAAGAAAUUAAAAAUUCUCAAAAAGGAAUACUUAAAGCAAAAAGCAGAGAUGGAAAGAUUGGCACAAAUUGCACUCGGACAGCAAGAAGAAAUUAAACAUAAAGAUUUCCAAUUAAAGAAAUAUAAACAGCAGUGUGAAGAGCAGUCUUCAAAAAUUAGUGAAUUGGAGACGCAAUUACAAAUUGAGAGGGAAUUAUGUGAAGGUGCCAUACGGAUGAAAAAACAAACGAGCUCUAAUGACAAUAACAACCAAUCAACAAACACUCAACAAACCGAAAAUGAUUUGUCACUUUUGUUAGAUGAAGGUUUGACCACGAAAGAUGUGAUGGAAAAAACGUAUCAAUAUUUGAAGGAUGAUACCUUCACAUUUAUGCUUAAUACUGAAGAGUAUCAGGAAGAAGAAACAAUAUCCUCACUGAAACAAGAAAUUGCAGCUCUGCGAGAGGAGAAUUUUUAUUUACGAGAGGAGAAACACAAGCUCAACAACGAAAAGGUUCACUUAUUUGAACUAGUCCACCAACUCACUCAACAACUGGGUCUCGGAAAUGAAGACAAGAAUUGA